CUGCUCUGAUUAACUAGUGCAAAAUGUUCACCAAAGUAUUCACCCUCAGCGCCGUGCUGGCCGCAGUCAAUGCCGGUCUCCUCCCGGUGCACCACGCCGCCGUCUCCUCACAGAGCAUCGUGCGUCACGACGCCCCAGCCCACUACGCCUCGGCCCACUAUGCGCCGGCUCACUACGCUACGGCCCACUACGCCCCAGCUCACUACGCUGCACCAGCCCACUACGCUGCCCCAGCCCACUACGCCGCUCCUUUGGUUCAUGCUGCUCCCGUAGUCCACGCUGCCCCUAUCGCAGUUGCUCAUGACUCUCAUCCCAAAUACGACUACGCCUACUCCGUGGCUGACCCCCACACCGGCGACCACAAGAGCCAGCACGAGUCCCGCGACGGUGGCGCCGUCCAUGGCAGCUACUCCCUGGUGGAACCCGACGGCUCUGUCCGCAAAGUAGAAUACACCGCUGAUGACCACCAUGGUUUCAACGCCGUCGUGCACAAGACACCCGGCCACCACCCCGCCCCCGUGGUCCACGCCCCCGUGGUCCACGCCGCCCCUCUGGCUCACCUCGCCCUCGCCCCGUUGGCCCAUGGCCAUCAUGGUCUCCUCGGACAUUACUAAACGACUAGCUUUAUU